GAUCAAUAAUUCGUGACACGUACACGUAGCACGUGGAAUCAGAAAACAUGAUUGACAAUGUUAAAUCGAUAUUCUCAUAGCAACUACGAAACUUUCUUGGUUAAUGCAUGCUCGAGUAUUUCUAUUCACGAUAUUGCGAUUUUCCUCUGUGAUUCUCGUUAAAGUGCGUUAAAGUUAGAAGCUAAUGCAAGAUAAAAAUGGUAAAAAUCACUCUUGAAUUAAUACGGAAACGUUCGGAGCAUAAUGAAGGCGAAAUAUCGACGUUGGAAGAAAUAGCUUUGCACCAAGAGAAUAUCGAUAAAAUUCAACUGAUAGACAGACACUGCAGAAAUCUCAAGAUCCUCUUAUUGCAGAAUAAUCUCAUAUCGAAGAUAGAGAAUCUGAAUAUGUUGAAGAGGCUGGAAUAUUUGAACCUGGCCCUCAAUAACAUCGAGGUUAUUGAGAAUCUGGAGAGUUUAGAGAGUUUAAAGAAGUUAGACCUCACCCUCAAUUUUAUUGGAAAUUUACAAAGUGUAAAAAGUCUCAGGUAUAAUGAGCAUUUGGAGCAUUUGAUUUUAAUGGGAAAUCCGUGCAAGGAUUACGAAUACUAUAGACAAUAUGUUGUGGCGACUUUACCGCAAUUGCAAGAGUUUGACAUGCAGGAGAUUGAAAGGUCGGAACGUAUCAAGGCAUUGCAGAUCUAUUCGCGAGCGCAAGAUGAUGUUAUUGAGAGCUAUCGGCAUUACGAGAAAACUAGGAUAGCUCAACGCAUUCGUCGUAAUGCUGAACAUGAAACAAUCAAUCAAAUGUUAUGUUGUAGAUUCAUUUACGCAUGAAAAAUGCAAAGACGAGCGUAUAAUAUUUUUCUUAGAAUAUUACAGAGGAGCAAGCGAAACAUACGAAGA